AUGAUCCCUAGUUCUCCGAAGACCAAUCAGAAGCCUGCCAUUCGCGAAUACCUCCCGAGUGAUGCCGUUGCUGCUCCAUUACCGCUUCCAACCGGUACGUUGAAGGACUCCAAUGACCUUCCUUCUGGCUUGGAUGGUCUGACCAGGCAACGAGACACCAACCCGUCGAAAGAGGUGGAGAACAUGUUCAUUAGUUUCGGCGCUAGCAUGACGGCAUUGGCUACUAGCCUUAUAGCCAGCGUAUCACCGCCAGGGGCCACGAGUCAUGAACCGGACCGAGCUGGAAGGACUGUUACGUCGACCGGUGGAGACGACCAAAUGCCGUUGGAGGAUACGGGGAGUUCUAUUCGGGACGACCCGGGUUUGACCGACGAGCCUGCAGUCUUACCUCCUGCCAGCGUUUCGCAAGCCUUCGAAAGUCUGGGUCAUGUUGAUUCCCACCAGGCGACGAAAUCGGCGGACGAAACGUCUACGUUCGAUCAUAUAAUAGCCAAAUCUAUGCGAAGGCGCAGUAAGAGGAUCGUAAGGAAGGCCAUCAAUAGGGUCAAGGCCAGGUCCGAGGGGAAACCUCGAGGUGACAGUCCCCAUGGGAGUUCACAGACGCUGCAGUUGAACAGCAUAUCUGAGGCAUCUGAAGAGGACGCCGUUGGAUUCACUGAGGCCUCGAUAGACAAUAUGGCCGGGCAAGCUGUUAACAAAGUGAAUGUUCGUCAAGAGAAUACCAUAGUCGAGCCCAGAGUGGAUGUAGCGUCGCGGAAGCGUGACGAGUUGAAUGCGGCGCCUCUCGACUCUUCCUUGUCUAGAGAGUAUCGAGAUGGUACUCAGAACGCUCUUGAGUCACUUAAUGAAGUUGUCCCGUUCAAUGGUAAAGCACCUCGUGUUGGUGGAAGUAAGAAGAGAGCGAGCACCAACAAGGUUCAGAGCCGUACUCACAUAGACUCAACUCUGACCAUGAGUGCUUCCAAGCUCUACAAGACAUUCAUUGCGAGCCGAGACGAUGAAGGCGACAGUCCUCUCUCUAACAGGGGUGUCUCGAAAGUCUACAUUCAGUCAAUGCUACGGGGAAUCUCCCAGAGUAGGGCAUCAGGCGCCCGACAGCAACGCAUACUGAGCCGAUCCCGCUUCUACGGAAAGGCCGUGGGGUAG